CGGACAACAGGGGGCGCCGCUCCACUCUGCCGCCUCAUUCUAAUACAAGCGGUGUGUGGUAUCAGUGUGAGGCGCACAUGUCGCGGUGCCCGGGGCUGGCAGGGAGAGGGGGCCGCUGGUGGUGAGUCAUUAUUACGCAGCACUUUUACUGUGGAGUCACCGUGCUGCAGCUUUUAUAGCGGAAGGAAGAGAGACACCGGUGAGCAGACCGUGCACGGCACAGGAGAGAAGAGGAGCUCAGCCUACUGUACACAGCACCGAGCAGACAUGGGCACCGACACUGCCAGGAGCAUGCUGGGCACCGCGAACACCCUCAUCCUACACACCGGCAACCUGAUGAACUGGGGCCGCCUGAAGAAGAAGUGCACUGUCACCCCCAGCGAGGAGUUGGGUGAUAGCAUCAGGAUAACACUGAAUGAAUGGAGCUUGAAAGCCAGCCCAGAACAUGUACAGGACUCUUCACAGACCGUGGAGUGUGCUGUUACUCAGGCUAUGGAGACCAUAAACCCUGAAGAAAGAGAGGAGAUGAAAGUAUCCGCAAAACUGUUUAUUUUGGAUUCUGGUCUUUCAUCAAUUAGGCAUGCAGUAGAUAUGGCAUGUUCCACCCUGGCUGUUGCCCAGUUGGAUUCGGUGAUCAUUGCACCACCCCCUCUGGAAGAUGGAGUCAUUCUUACCUUGGAACAUUUACAGCCUUACUGGAGAGAGCUGGAAAGUCUCGUCCAAGACAAUAAAGUUGUUGCUAUAGGAACAUCGGAUUUAGAUAAACCACUCUUGGAACAGCUUUACCUCUGGGCACAGAUAAAGCCAAGUAGUAACCAAGUGAAUCUUGCAUCGUGCUGUAUAAUGCCUCCUGAUCUAACUGCAUUUGCCAAGGAGUUUGACAUUCAGUUACUAACGCACAGCGAUUCUAAAGAAAUCCUCCCCGAAGAAAGUUUUCAAGAAGUUCUGAGAGACACUGUUGAGGGAAGUGAUGCGGAUGCUUGGUCGCCUGUAUGGGUCCUCAGAUACUCAGUCAUUGUUAAAACCCGUGGGAUUAUCAAAUCAAAAGGCUACACGGUGCAAGCGAAGAGGAAAGCUCCCUACUAACAAUUUUUCUGGACAAACCACUGAAAUGUUUUACGAGAGGCACACAAACAUCUUUACACAUAGAAAGCGAUGUUACUAAGACCAAAUGACUAGGACACCAAUGUCAAUGCAAUAUCUGCGGUCACAGUGAUGUUUACAAGCUCCAAUCUGCAGAGGGAUAAACAAAAAUAUUACAAAAAUAUUAUCUCUGACAAAGGGUCCAUUGUGUUUAUAUUGAUAUCACCAGGUGCCUCUGUUUUAAAUGAUUGUUUGGAGGGAACAUCCCUAUUGUUCAGGGCAUUACUUGU